AUCGUAGUUGUUGUCCGCAUCCCCUCCUCUCUCUCUCUCUCUCUCUCCCCUCCAUUUUGCAUGUGUAUAUAUCUAUGACGCACCCAGUUGGUCGUUAUCGCAAGUUUUCUCGCGAGCUUCUUUUGCUUCAAUGGCUGAGGCGAACAACGACUCAGGGUUGGGGCAAGAAGAGAAGCAGAAGAAGGGCAAGAGCCCAGUUGUUGAAAAUGACGGGCCCGAAAAUGACCACUCCUACCCAAUUGCUGACGGCGUGGGGAAUGACCACUGCUCGAUUGGGUCGUCCGAUGACUACUCCUACCCAAUUGCUGACGGCGUGGGGAAUAAACACUGCUCGAUUGGGUUGUCCGAUGACUACUCCUACCCAAUUGCUGACGGCGUGGGGAAUAAACACUGCUCGAUUGGGUUGUCCGAUGACUACUCCUACCCAAUUGCUGACGGCGUGGGGAAUAAACACUGCUCGAUUGGGUUGUCCGAUGACUACUCCUACCCAAUUGCUGACGGCGUGGGGAAUGAACACUGCUCGAUUGGGUCGUCCGAUGAUGGCGCGGCGGAGGAUUCUGUGAAGAAGAAGAAGAAGAGAAAAAAGAGGAAGAGAGAGAAAGAGAAGGAGGGGGGUGUUGUGAAUAAUGAGCAGGAUCCUCUGGUGUUGUUUGGCUCAGAUAUCAUGAUGAAGGUACUGAAGAAUCUCGACGCACGCAGCGUGGCACUAUCGCUUCUUGUCUCACGUGGGUGGUACGGAGUUGCUUCCAGCGACCGGCUCUGGACUGCCAAGUGUGAGGAAUUAUGGCUUGGAAAAGCACACAUACCUCGGUCAUCUCAAGUCCGGGGGUUGUCAAAGUUGGCCACUUACUCAAUAUCUGUGAUGGAUGGUCAACGGACCCGCAUCAUGAAGGAAGAUCUGUGUGAUCAUGUUUGGGAGUUUCACUUUAACGAGGCAGCCCCAGAAUAUUGGCGAAAUCUUGAUCCUUAUUGGAAGGGAACUGGUCAACCCAUGCGGCGCUACUUUCAUCCAGAUGGGAGCUUAACUGCAGACCCUGGUGAUGAGGUAUGGGGCGGCCAUGAGUCUUGUUAUUCUAUUGUCACUAGUUUCAUGGGAGAAGGAACGAUCAGGGAUCACUAUGUUAGGAUUAACCGUUGGCCCCGCAUGUUGGUGGUGAGGAAGGAGGACUGGAGCUGGGAAAUGACCAACAACCUGUAUUGCUACUCCACCAUUCCUGAUGCUGACAAGGAAGGCGGGACAGUCAGUUGGAAGGCCCCUCAUCUUAUGUCUGCCAUCUUGUUUCACAAAGCAUGUGUGUGCUGCCACAUCCUGUGCUCAAUGAAGGCAGAAGUGAGGAAAGGUGAGCACAAUGCAAGAUAUUGUGCAUGAAUCACCAACGUUCAUCUAGUUAGUGACGAGGCAAAGAUCGUUGUCCAUAGCAUUUCAUCAGCAGGUUUACGCUGACAGUCGACGUGUGGAGAGGUAUGGUUGUAAAAGAAAGUAAGAAAGUCGAUAUAGGCUAGGAAAAGCGAUUGAGCAACAAACACCAAUCUCGUUCAAUCGCAAAAGGAAAGCAACUGACGAAGACCGACCACCCAACGUGCUUCUUUUCAUGUUAUUGCUCUUGCGGCGCUUAUUCUCCUUGUCAAUUUAACAAGUCAAUUUGAUUAUGGGACAAAUCGAUAUAGGUAGAAACAUUUAUUGCCUCCUCUUGCUGCACAAUAGACAGGUUGGGUGUGGGCUAUACGAUUUUUGCCCUGGUUACAGGAUAUGCAUAUGCCGUAGCCUGGGGAGGGGGUUCUUGCCAUGACAAGGCUCAAAUCCUCGGCUUAAUGACCAAUUGAGUCCGUCCCAGUUGGUUGGACUACAAAAGCUGUAUCCCACAACUCAUUGCGUAGAAGUGUUGGAAGGUAGCGUGUUGCAAAUAUGUAUUGCACUUGAUUCACUUGGUUUUUGCGUGGAAGAUAAAACAAAUUUUUUUUUUUUGGAUCAUCGAUGAUAAAACAAUUCGAGGGCUAUAAAAUGACCACGUCAGAUCCACAUUCAGUUUUGUUGGAAACAUUUACAGUUAUUCAAAUUUUAUAUCAUAAAACAAAUUUUUUUUU